UACACUCACGACGGGGUGCAAUAUGGGAUUUAAUUAUCCGAACACGCAUGUUAAAUAAAAAAUAGCAAGUUUACAGAGAGAAAGGCAUAGAACUGAACUGACUGCAUGCUCGACUGUGUCAAGAAGAAAAAAUAAACAAGAAUGGACCCUGACAUAACUUGAAACCGGUUAGACUGUCUUUUGGACAGAUGAGCCACAAUGGGAAAUUGUUGCGUGCAGGUCACAUCGGUGCUAUGUUUACAUGUGCAAAAAUGAAGGAUGAGAAAAUUAUUUAUAAAUGUAUUUUAGAAUAUCAAAUAAAAUUAUGGAGGUACUGCACAAAUAUUUAAACUCGAAAUAUUUUACCAAUUAUUUAAAAAAAACAUUAUACUGUAUUUAUAUUUUGGUUUUGUUAUUUACUGUUAGAUAUAUUGAUUAAAAAUGAACCAACUUUAGGGGCCGGGUGAAACGGAUGCAUUCAUGUAACAAAUAUGUAACUGUAAAUGCUGGGUGGCCAAAUAAAAUAACGGGCGGCAGUGCGCGGGCCCGGAAUCAUCCUUUGCUCAAAAUUGAUGCAGUCCGGUCUCCAAGCCAGAAGGUGGCGCUAAUACACACUAGAUGUUGUUUGCUCACCAAUAAAACUAAAUUUAGAAGAAAAACACAACAACGACAGAGUGGCUCAUGAUGUUGUGAACGAAGGCAGUGAUGUAUUUAUUGGCUUAUCCAAAUUGCCAUUGAAUCUAGAGGAGCUUUACAGAUCCCAAUGGCAGAACAACGAUAGGCAAACGUGGAUGCUGAACUAAUUUAUUUUGCCUGACUGCAAUCGUUAGCUUGUUCCUGGAGUUAGCAUGCCGCUCUCCACAUUUAUUUGACCGAGUCAUGUAUUCCGCACCUCAGCAAGACAAUGUAGCCCAAAGAGGGACUGGUGUUUUCUACCAGGCCUUGCCUGCCAUUGGUGCUGAUGGAAGAAAUAUCAUGGCAUUGAUUCCAGUUCAGAUUGUCAAUGGGAAAUGCGUCCAAACACAAGUCAUCAAACAUAAAACACUGGAAAAUGUUUCAGCACCUGUCCCCUUUGGAAUAAAGACGGCCGUGACGUCAUUAGCUAUGAAACAAACUCCAGGCAAUCAGAUUUCCCUUGCGAAUGGCUUGCCUUGUCAACUUGGUGUAGCUGAUCAAGCACUGGAGUUUGGUAUUACAUUAAAUACAUGUCCGCUUCGGACUGAAGAACCAAAAACAUUCCUCAGAGCUCCCAAGAGUCAGGUGCGAUCAGUUUCCGCUUCUGAAGUUCACGCAGGUAUUAAGAAACAGCUUCUGCUGUCCUCAUCAAGCUCCUUUUCAAGUUCAGAUUUGACCAUUGUGCCCACUGUAUCAUCUAAGACAACUGUCUGUCAAAGCAAUGUUUCGUCAUAUGUUUCAGAACUUUCACUGGGAUCACCCAAAUCACACUUGAAAUUAAUUCCUAAGGUUUCCCAGAGGCCCGAUAGCCCUAUGAAGUGGGUAAUUGAAGAAAUCAACUCAAAUGAGUCUGCUGUUGACCUUUCACCUUCUCCUUCCAUUCCAUCAAAAACCUUUCAAACCAUGAAACGAAGCAACAAGUUUGGAGUGCUUGAACAAGUGGCACCUGUUUCUCCGCCAGGCUUAACUACAAGUGAAACGCAUCAGCAGCAAGCCCUGGUCAUGUGUGAUGGCAGGAUGUUUUUCGCAGCCAAAAAGGGCGCCCCUUCAUCGCCAAUGGAGAGCAAGGAAAAAAGUUGGCAGCUAAAAAAUCCUGUAGUUCCGGCAUCCUCAUUUUCACUCUUGCAACACUCGAGUAUUAUCACUUCAAAGGUGCCAAAUGAAGUGAUUGAUCUUUGCACUGAUGAUCAUCCAGAUGACUUGAGUCAAACACUGCAGUCAGGCACUUGUUUGGACGAAGAUAAUGUCAUAUUUGUAUCAUAUAUUCCACCCAAGUCUGAAAAUGUGCCAAUUGAAAGGCUGGUAGAUAAAACACUGGAGAAGGAAACAAGAACACGGACCUUGGACCAAGACACUGAACAUAAGAGGACAACCUUCACUUGCUCUGACACAACCCAUGAUCAACUGACAUGUGAAAGCUCCAUUGGCCGAAGCCAGAAACCUGAUCAAAGCCAGACGGGUUCCUCAAAUGCACUGCCAGUUUGCAGAUCAUCUGACCACCUUCUAAGGCAAAUGUUUGGGGUUACAGCUGAUGUGAGAAUUCGCCUGCGUAGAAUUAAUCUCGGGUCAUCUGGUCUUGGACUCAACGAGCCUGCCCUGAAGUGCCCAAGAGAGGACAUUCAAGAAACCACAAACCUCUUGAAAGAAAGUGACCUUUUCAUGCAGUACCGUUACAAUCUAAAAGACCGCUGCAGUCGUCCACUUGAUGUCAGAAGAACAAAACUAUCAGGCGACAUUGUCGCUUCAAGUCCCCCUGCAGGGGUAAUGGUUGGCUACGUGGAGCCAAUCGAUGACGAUAUCCCCAACUCAGAUGAAAAUGACACGCCUGAAGCCCAGGACUCAGCUGCCCAGAACAUGAAUGGUGCUCAUUCAAAUACAAGUCGAUUGGGAAGAGCAAGGAAGCGCACAAUGUGUUCAUGUUGUGUCCCUGGUACGCUGGGCCUGCCCACGAAGACAAGCACCGGCGUCGAAGAGUCACAGAGGUUAACAUGGACAAGAGACCACACGAGUAAACGGAAUAGACGAUGGCCAAAGGUCAAAUGAAUGAAAGAAAGGAACACUUGACUUUAGCGGGACCAACCUGACUGCACGCACACAAAGGAGCCAGCAGAGAACAAGCCAGUCGAAUGUUUAUGAGCUAAUAACAAAACAUUUGAUGUUGAUCAGAAAUGCAGCAGCACUUGCACUGAAGGUGGUGCUUAACUAAGCAGGCAGUUAAACGGAACUGACCGAGGAGGAGUUGUAGUAGUUGUCCUAAUAGUGGACCACAAUAAAAAUAUUUUUCUUUGAAUAUACUGAUUUAAUACCUUCGAGGAUCGCCCUUAAUCUCCUUCUCAUUUUUCCAUCAUUUUCAAUUGGGACAUUCUAAUGCAGCUACUCAAAAGGGAUGUCAUUAAAUAUUUGCACCAAGGUCUAUUUUGAUUUCAUUAUGACUAUGUUUAUAAAAGUGUAUUUUUGAAGGUUUUGGUCAUCUUGAGUUUGAUGAUAGCAUUUUCAUGAAAUAACUUUUAUCAUGAGAAAAUUGUGUUGACUUGUUUCUAUAUUUGAAGACAGUGCAAUAACUUAUUAUUAUUAUUAUUGUUUAACAUUAACUUCUAGUGAGUUGACUUAAAUGUAUUGGAUCUCGGAUUCCCUACCAGAACAAUUACUUAAAUGAAAUACAUGUACGAAUAUCAAAUAUGACUGUUGCCUUUUUUGCAUUGAGCAAGAAUUGUGACAAUAGCUCAUGUACUGGAGAUGCCUUUUUGUCAUUGUUUCAAUGGCUCUUUUUUGUUGUAUAUGACAACUGCAAGCGUUUUGGCAUGAAGCAGUCAACAGCAAACUCGAAAUAAUGUCUGGAACAAAUAUUUUCACUCUUCAACAAGUUUACUGUUAACAUAUUUGCUCGGCAGAUGCAUAGAUACAACUUUUGACAAAAUGAUUGUGAAGACAUGAUAAAACAAUUUUGUCACCGUUGCGAUUUUGAUUACAGGGCGUCUGUUAUCCUAACAUGCGAGGUUUCAAAGUUACAAACGACAAAUAACACUGGUCAACAGCAAAUUUGACAUUUUUUCAUUGGUUGUUCGUCUAUGUGUGCCCAGCGAAUGACUCGCAACCAGUUCAGGGUGUACCCCUCCUUCUGCCCGAAGACGGCUGGGAUAGGCUCCAGCACACCCGCGAGCCUGGUGAGGAUAA